GCGCUGUCAGAGUGGCCCCUUUUUCUAAAAGUGGGCGGAUGGUGGUGUGAUGGUGCCGUCCUCUGCCCAAUGGCAGCCCGGAGUCUCCGGAGAGUAGAGAGCCGCUUCUGUUUCCAUCCCCAAAUCGCCCCAAAACCCAUCAGCCCGCUCCGACUGAACGAAGCGCGCGAUGACACAGCGCGUCUCCUUCGCGCACGCACGCGCCUGGGAGUUACGCGCAGCCUGAAAGAAGCUCCGCUCGCGAUCAUCAUCAUCACGGACGCGCGUCUCAUUCUCGCUCUCAGCCCGCCAGAAAAGCGCCCGUAUGUCACCAUGAUCCUCUUCUCCUCGCGCAGUGUGCUGCUGUCUGUCUAUUACCCGCAGAUCUUCCUCAUCCUCACCAGCGGGAGCUACCUGGCUCUUUCCUCUGUGGUGGCCCUUGGUGCAAACAUCAUCUGCAAUAAGAUCCCGGGUCUCGCACCCCGCCAGCGAGCCAUCUGCCAGAGCCGGCCGGACGCCAUCAUCGUGAUCGGAGAGGGGGCACAGCUGGGCAUCAACGAAUGCCAGUAUCAGUUCAGAUUCGGCCGCUGGAACUGCUCGGCGCUCGGUGAACGCACCGUCUUCGGACAGGAGCUGCGAGUAGGCAGCAGGGAGGCGGCAUUCACCUACGCCAUCACCGCCGCUGGGGUCGCCCACGCAGUGACAGCAGCAUGCAGCCAGGGCAAUAUGAGCCAGUGCGGCUGCGACAGGGAGAAACAGGGCUACUACAACCAGGAGGAGGGCUGGAAAUGGGGCGGAUGCUCAGCGGACAUUAAAUACGGCAUAGAGUUUUCCCGGAAGUUUGUGGAUGCCCGGGAGAUAAAAAAAAACGCCCGACGGCUGAUGAACCUUCAUAACAACGAAGCUGGCCGAAAGGUCCUGGAAGAGCGGAUGAAGCUGGAAUGCAAGUGUCACGGCGUCUCGGGCUCAUGCACCACCAAAACCUGCUGGACCACGUUACCCAAGUUCCGCGAGAUCGGCUACGUCCUGAAUGACAAGUACAACAAAGCGGUGCAUGUGGAGGUGGUCCGCGCCUCUCGCCUGCGACAGCCCACCUUCCUCAAAGUGAAGAAGACACACGGUUAUCAAAAGCCUUUAGAAACAGACUUGGUCUACAUCGAGCGCUCGCCCAACUACUGCGAAGAGGAUGCCAAAACGGGCAGCGUUGGGACGCAAGGACGGCUGUGCAACCGGACAUCGCUGCACACGGACGGUUGUGACCUCAUGUGCUGUGGGCGGGGCUACAACACGCAUCAGUACACCAAAGUCUGGCAAUGCAACUGUAAAUUCCAGUGGUGCUGUUUUGUGAAAUGCAACACCUGUAGCGAGAGGACGGAGGUGUUCACCUGCAAAUGAAUCGGUGGCACAGCAGAAUGUAUAUUUGCUU